AUGACUCAUCAUUUAUUCUCAACAAGGCCACCGAAUGUUGAGAUCAUUUAUUCUACACUAUUCUUGCUGCACAUCAACGAUCUGCUGCUGAUGCCCGGUGUAUUUGGGUGUGCAGACGACAGCAAAGUAGUAGGGAGCUAUGUGUCAGAAGCCAAAAGAGAUUCGCCAAGUGACCAUCUUGAGCAACUAGGCUUAGGUUUAUCACUCAGCCACAAGAUUGGUCGCUACAUCGAGUGCUUGCCAGUAACUUUUGUCCAAAAACUGGGCAUAAGGAUGCCUAAUUUGACCCUCAUAAGGUUCAGAGCGACGUUAGUAUACACCGAGCAGCUUCUGGAGCUGCACCGAGGACAGGGUAUGGAGAUCUACUGGCGCGAUAACUUCCAAUGCCCUUCCGAGGAGGAGUACAGAGAGAUGACAAUUAAGAAGACGGGAGGUCUAUUUAUGCUGGCCAUCAGGCUAAUGCAGCUGUUCAGCGAAAACAAAUCGAACUUCAGCAAGCUGUCUGCAAUUUUAGGUCUCUACUUUCAAAUUAGGGAUGACUACUGUAAUCUAUGUUUACAAGAGUACUCGGAGAACAAAAGCUACUGCGAGGAUCUGACGGAAGGCAAGUUCAGCUUCCCCAUCAUCCAUGCCAUUAGGAAUCAGGAUGGAGAUCAAAACCAGAACCAAGUGCUUCAUAUCCUCCGCCAACGCACGCGUGACGUGGAAGUUAAACGUUAUUGUAUCUCUUUAUUAGAGCGAUUGGGUAGUUUCCGUUAUACGCGAGAGACGUUGCACCGACUCGACUGCGAAGCACGUGCUGAGGUAUCUCGCCUGGGCGGCAAUCCGCACCUAGACGCUCUCCUAGACGAGCUCCUUAGCUGGCGACGAGACAACAAUCACCGCGAUCUCGAUGCUAACACCGUAUAGAUUAAUUGGGUUUCUUUUUUGGUUCACGAGGCUUAUGUAGAUUUUCACCAAAGUUCCAGCCAGCACUUUUGCUUUUUAGCUGACUCACGAUAUUUUUACGCAGCCUCUAAAACUAUGCCUCUUCAGGAAGCAAGAUUUGCCGCAACUCGAAAAUAAAGUGAGAAAUAUAUAGUUUAUUUCGUUUACGGCAACAACCAC